AUGGCGUGUAAUUCCAUUAAGCCAAACACGGAAGCCAAAGGCUGUUUGCAGAGGUCUGAAAAACAGACGCCCCUCAAGAAGACCAACGCUCUCAUUGCGCAGAUGGGAAUAACCUUCCUGAACGCGUACGUUCCCAGUGCACUUUGCUGCCCCAGUCGAGCUAGCAUUUUAACAGGAAAGUAUCCACAUAAUCAUCAUGUUGUCAAUAACACUCUGGAAGGCAACUGUAGCAGCAAGUUAUGGCAGAAGAUUCAAGAACCCCACACCUUUCCAGCACUGCUGAAAACUAUGUGUGGUUAUCAAACAUUUUUUGCUGGAAAGUACUUGAAUGAGUACGGAGCAGAGGAUGCAGGGGGAGUAGGUCAUGUCCCUCCUGGUUGGAGUUUUUGGUAUGCUUUGGAGAAAAAUUCAAAGUACUACAACUACACCCUGUCAGUAAAUGGCAAGGCACGAAGGCAUGGUGAGAACUACAGUGUAGAUUAUCUGACAGAUGUACUGGCCAACAUGUCAUUGGACUUCUUGGAGUAUAAAUCUAAUUUCGAACCUUUCUUUAUGAUGGUCUCAACCCCAGCACCGCACUCCCCUUGGACAGCUGCCCCACAGUACACAAAGAGCUUUCAGAAUGUCAGUGCACCAAGAAACAGCAAUUUUAAUAUUCAUGGAAAGAACAAGCACUGGUUAAUUCGGCAAGCAAAGACUCCAAUGACUAACUCUUCAAUACAGUUUCUUGAUGAUGCUUAUAGAAAGAGGUGGCAAACUCUACUGUCAGUAGAUGACCUGGUAGAGAAACUGGUGAAGAAACUGGAACUGAAUGGAGAAUUGGACAACACUUACAUCUUUUACACAUCAGACAAUGGCUUCCACACUGGCCAGUUUUCUUUGCCAAUAGACAAACGGCAGCUCUAUGAGUUUGAUAUCAAAGUUCCAUUGCUAGUUCGAGGACCAGGGAUAAAACCAAAUCAGACAAACAAGAUGCUUGUUGCAAAUAUUGAUUUGGGUCCCACUAUUCUGGAUAUCGCGGGGUAUGACUUGAAUAAGACCCAGAUGGAUGGGAUGUCACUGUUGCCACUGUUGAGAGGAGACAAAAAUGUGACGUGGAGGUCAGACUUCUUGGUGGAGUAUCAAGGAGAAGGAUACAAUGGCAGUGAUCCGGCCUGUCCUGGCCUAGGACCUGGAGUCACGCACUGCUUCCCAGACUGUGUCUGUGAAGAUUCCUAUAACAACACAUAUGCUUGUGUAAGGACGCUGUCAGCUUCCUGGGACCUGCAGUACUGUGAAUUUGAUGACCGGGAGGUGUUUGUGGAAGUAUAUAAUUUGACUGCAGAUCCGCACCAGAUCAAUAACAUCGCUAAAACGAUUGAUCAAGAAAUUCUGGAGAAGAUGAACUAUCGACUGAUGAUGCUGCAGUCCUGUUCGGGCGCUACCUGCCGCACACCAGGUGUCUUCGAUCCUGGGUACAAGUUUGACCCACGGCUCAUGUUCAACAACCACGGCGUUCGGGCUCGGAGGUUUUCUGCACAGUCCUUGUAAGGCACUUAAGAGCCUCUUGCAAUCAGCUCCCACUGACCAGUUUCUCCAGUGACUGCAGGUCUGUCUCUGUAACUCUUGCUGAUCACAGCUGGAAGACUUCAUGGGCUUUUCAAAUCCUGUUUGGAAGAAAACCCCUUGUCUUUAGCUGGUUGCCUUGUGCAAUAUGUGUAUUUUACAGCUGAACUGUAACUGAAUCGUUAGACACAGCUAAUCUGUCUUGCUCAGAUAGUUGAUUACCACCUUUGUCUUUCAAGUACCUUUUCAUAUCACAGACACAGAGGUGAACCUAUGCCUAUGAAUCUGAACAGUUUAUUUUGUUCUAAAAAUCAAUAAAUGUGUAUUUGGGUCGGGUUAGAUGGGCAGGUGCUAUUGCACAGUAAUGCUCACCCAUAUUCAGUGUCAGAGUGUCAUUUCUUAAAAAGCAUAAUGUUUAAGUAUAGGUUUCCUGUAUCAAGCUCAAAGUUGUUAAUAACAAUAGCAAACUAGCCCAGAAUAGUGCAGGAAGGCAUAAUCAA